UCGUCACGGCGGCCGAGCCGGGCCAAACGCGACAAGGGAAGCCAGUAGCGAAGGAAAGUCGUUAGGCUCCCACAAGGGCGGGGCUUAAGCCGUGUUGGGAAGCUGCAGGGAAGGCGGGGCUUCCGGUUCCGGUGGGGCUGUCUGUAGCGACGGACAUGGCGGCGACAGCAACGGAGGCUGCGGCCUCCGGCUCUGAAGAACCCCGGGAAGAGGCUGAAGCCCCCAGCCUCGCCUGGGAUGAGUCCCAACUGCGUAGUUAUAGCUUCCCGACCCGGCCCAUCCCGCGUCUGAGUCAGAGCGACCCCCGGGCGGAGGAGCUUAUCGAGAAUGAGGAGCCUGUGGUGCUGACAGACACAAAUCUUGUGUAUCCUGCUCUGAAAUGGGACCUUGAAUACCUGCAGGAGAACAUUGGCAACGGAGACUUCUCUGUGUACAGUGCCAGCACCCACAAGUUCUUGUACUAUGAUGAGAAGAAGAUGGCUAACUUCCAGAACUUUAAACCCAGGUCCAACAGGGAGGAAAUGAAAUUUCAUGAGUUUGUUGAGAAACUGCAGGAUAUACAGCAGCAAGGAGGGGAAGAGAGGUUGUAUCUGCAGCAAACACUCAAUGACACUGUGGGCCGGAAGAUUGUCAUGGACUUCUUGGGUUUUAACUGGAACUGGAUUAAUAAGCAACAGGGAAAGCGUGGCUGGGGACAGCUGACAUCCAACCUGCUGCUCAUCGGCAUGGAAGGAAAUGUAACACCUGCUCACUAUGAUGAGCAGCAGAACUUCUUUGCUCAGAUAAAAGGCCACAAGCGAUGCAUUUUAUUCCCUCCGGAUCAGUUUGAGUGCCUGUACCCAUAUCCUGUUCAUCACCCAUGUGACAGACAGAGCCAGGUGGACUUUGACAAUCCUGACUACGAGAGGUUUCCCAAUUUCCAGAACGUGGUUGGUUAUGAAACAGUGGUUGGCCCUGGUGAUGUUCUUUACAUCCCAAUGUACUGGUGGCAUCACAUAGAGUCAUUACUAAAUGGGGGGAUUACCAUCACUGUGAACUUCUGGUAUAAGGGGGCCCCCACCCCUAAGAGAAUUGAAUAUCCUCUCAAAGCCCAUCAGAAAGUGGCCAUAAUGAGAAACAUUGAGAAGAUGCUUGGAGAGGCCUUGGGGAACCCACAAGAGGUGGGGCCCUUGUUGAACACAAUGAUCAAGGGUCGAUACAACUAGCCUGCCAGGAGUCGAGGCCUCCUGCCAGGUGACUGCUAGCCCGUCCACACCGCUUCAUUGAUGAGGACAGGAGACUCCAAGCGCUAGUAUUGCACGCUGCACUUAAUGGACUGGACUCUUGCCAUGGCCCUGGAGGCAGGUGUUUGGGGCAAGGCAGGGUGGUUGGCGCUCCACUCCCAUUUGGAGGGACUUCUUGCCCUUGCCUCUGUGCCCCAGCAUCUUCCCUCUCUGCCCCCCCUAAGGUCCUGCAUUCAGUGUGUGGAGUCCCAGCUUCUGGUUGUCAUCACGUCUGUGUGUGUCCAUCUGUCACCCUCGGGAUGUGUGUGCGUGUGUGUGCAUGCACACGCGUGUAUGUAUCUGUUCCUUGCUUUCUCCUUCUGGGUCAGGAUGCCACUGCUGGCUCUCAGUCCUGUCUCCUGCAACCUCAGUGCCUCAGCCUGAGAGUUAGAUGGUCUUGGACGCCCACUAUGUUUGGGCUGCAGGGCCAGUCUUCCUCCUUCCAGUUUUCACAGUUUUCACAGUCAGGCUCUAGGCUGGGUGGGAAUGGUUACUGGGACUCCUAAUGGUGAGAGUGAGAAGGAGGCUUGCCUCUAAGAGCCUAGAUGACCUUCCUGUGAGAGAAUUAGAGAGUUCCAACUUGAACCUUUAAGCUCAAGCCAUACAUAGAAAAGAACCUUGGGACAUGAAACCCAAGGAUCAUGCACAAGUUCCAAACUAGAGACACAUACAGCUUCUCUCUUUCGGCACCAGCUCUUGCUCUCUGUGCUGAGUACCAAGGGAGUCCUCCUAGUAGUGGCUUCUCUAGGUUCUAGGGGUAUAAGCCUGUGUGUGUGUGUGUGUGUGUGUGUGUGUGUGUGUGUGUAUGUCUGUAUGUGUGUGUGUGUGUGUGUGUCUGUGUGUCCCCAUCCACACUGGCCUGCCUCUCUGCUUACCAAGUUUCUCCACUGCUUAACCUUACCCAGUGGGACAUACAGUGUAAGCCCCAGGGAAGUACUGCCUGACCUAGCCUAAAGCUUUUAAACUCAGUUUUAGCCAUUGGAUGUUGGUCAGGUCUCACUGCAACCUGCUUGAGGCUGACUGGCUAGAGCCUCCAGGUCCUGUGACCCUCCCUGCCCAGGCCACAUCCUCUCUUCCUUGGAGCUUCCUGGCUGAGUAGAUGAAAUGGGGUCCAGCUUAGGUAGCUAACUUACCACCUGUCAUCCACCUCAGGUCAAGGACAAAAAUGUAGCCUUGCCUCUUAAAGCCAGCACCUCUGCCAGACCCCACUGUAAUGUUCCACAAACACCCUUGAAAGUCAGGGCAACUGACGGAGCACAGAAGUGGAAUUUCCUUUUCUGUUCAUUGUUACUUGUGGGAACCCCUCUCAGGGCUACAGCUUACAGCUGGGCACUGCACAAUGCAAAGGGCCAUCAGUCACAUGAUUCAGUAGAACUGGGGCCACUGGAAUUGGGCAGUAUGGUGGCCUUAUGGCCCUUUGUUUUCUCACCUCCACUUCCAUCUCUAUGCCCCUUCUCUCUGUCUGGAAGGAAAGAAGAGUUGGAAAACUCUGGGGUUUUUCCUUUCUUUUUUUUUUUUUUUUUUUUUUUUUUUUUUGCCAAAGGUUUACUUUCAGUGUCUGAGCUGUGGCUCUAACCCCCAAAGCUCAGUUUACAGUUACAGCGCACUGAUGGACUGAGAGGGUGUGUGUGUAUGCAUGUGUGCACCUGUGUGUGUAUUUUGGAUAGGGGUGUUUAUUUUUAGUGCCCCAUUCUGGGGUUCUCUGAUGCAGUGUGGGUGUGCAAACACGGUACCUACCUUCUCAAGUGUAGUUCUUUCAAAUAUAGCCAAUGCUGGAAAAUGUGAUUGCAGUGAUCUCCAUCCCUCCAUUUCUUGGGAAAGAGGAGCAUUAGCAAAGAAAACAAGGCAGAGGAUAAACAUGACUACAGUCAAACUUUGAAAGGUAGCAGAUUAUUUUUGUUCUCCUUAGCAGGUCUGCUGUAUUCCUGGCUCAGCCCUCAAAGAUGUGGGUGAUGUGCAGCAGGGAGGCAUGUGCCACUCAACUGAUCCUUGUUGAGUGCUGUGCUGACACAGAUCUGACCUAAGGUGACAUAGGAGGAGGGCCCUUUACAGGAUUGGUCCUGACCCUUGGGUAAUAUAAUAGUGACCCUGAUUAUUAAGACACCUAAUAACAGCCUAGUGCUUUUAUCUUUGGUUCUCAUCCUGCCAGGUAGGUAUUUUCCUUUCACAGCUAAAGAAAUGGACUCAGAGAGGUUUCAGUGAUUAGUGGCAAUCAGGAUUUGAACCUAAUGUUAAUUUGACUGCAAACCCCCUGCUACUCCCUAUCCACAAAACUGUUGGUUCUCCUACCUUGCCACUUCCCUUGAACUAUCGUCCGUCCUCAGAUCUCAUGCCACUGGGCAUUGUCCAUGAGGGUCCACAAGGUAUAGCUUAGGGUAAAAGCUUUUUUGGACUCUUGGGAGAACUACUGGGAAGCCCUGUUCUAAGUUAAGAGUGCUGGAAGGAGUGUGGGGAAACUGAGUUCUAGAUCCCAGUGCAUUUUUUUUCCUUGAAUAGGACCCAUAACUUUUCCCAGCUUGCUUCUGCACCUGUAGGAUUGAAGAUCCAGUUCUAGAUGAUAACUAGGAACAUUUAUUCAUGUUCUGUUGCCUCCUUUUCCCCCAAGGAAAAGAUCUAGUCUUUUCACUUAGGGCUAAGUUAGGGUUGUUUAAGCUCAAAUUCUACUUGCAGCUGCAGAAACAUAUCUGCUCUGUUGCUUACUACCAUGCUAGCCAGCAGAGUGGAGCCAAGGGAAGGUGGUGGGGCUCUGGACCUGAAUGGAGGUCUGCCAUGUUACAGGCUCCCAUUUUCACAUCAGCAGGUACACAGGAAACUGCUCUUUUGUGAAGUCAAAUAUUUGUUGGGGGGUUGGAAUUCAGGGGAGGGAGGAGGGGCUGUUCUGGGCAUCAGUUGAGCAGAUGCCCAGGAUGCCUGGGGGAGACCAGCUUCCCCUACAAAUCAGAGCUCUAAAUUACAAGGUUUUUACCAACGCGAACAGUUGGGGGAAGUCGUAUGCUCUCAUUUGCGUAAUGGUUUCUGUCACUGGUGAUUAGACACAGGAUGAAGGAAAAGAAAUUUGACAAUUAGGAAUGAGCGAUCAUUAAUCUGAAUCUGUUAGGAGACAGAGAGGGGAAGGAUCCUUAUCAAUGGGCUAGCCUAGUAUGGGGACACCCUCCCUCUGCCCCCACCAAAGACUCUUGGGCCACAUACCCUUCCAUUGUUCCCACAAGCGGGCUGGGCUGAUGUUUCUUAACAAACCCUAGGUAGGCACAAUCCUCAGUCUGAGCUGGAUACAGUAUAUAGGCAUAAGCCAUCAGAGAGGUGGGUGUCAAAUGCAAGUGUUAGGGCAAAGAAUACUAAUGGAAUGGUUUUGACGUGUUUGCUGUUUGUGGAAAAAAUUCUUUCAAUCAAUACUCCAGAUAGCCCACCUGUGACAAAUGUUUGUUGCAUUCCAGCACUGCAGGGUGUGGAGAAAACCUGGUUUUUAUCCCCUAGAAGCUUCUACUUAGUUGGAGAGGAAACCACACAAAACAGCCAGAGGUUAUGAGGCCAUGAAUCUUGUGAGAACAAGAUGAAAGAUUGUGGAAAAAGGAGGAAGAUAGUAGAGAGCAAGCUCUCCUACCAGGUUCCUCCAAGGCCUGGGGCUCCUCAGUGGGGGGACUCUUCACUCCAGGCCUCCUGGCAAUGUUGAUUUUUUCCCAGUCCAUGCAGCCAAAGUAGUUGCUGAAGGGCACUGAGGCACCCCACCCAGGAGUGUGCACAGGGGAUGAGAUGACAUCCUGUGGCCUGAGUCCUAAGGUGUGGAGGAUCCCAAUUUGUAUCUUCCCAGGUCUCCGUGGCACCUUAAUAUGCAUUCUUUCUGUCUUCACACUUCAAGCACUAUGUUAAUUUGCACUAGUUGCUGUUUGUUCCUCAGUUUUGUGACUUGCAUGUGGUGGGUUCCUUAGAUCAGAGGCUUCCUCAGAGAUUGGGGACAGGGACGGUUCUACGGUUCUCUGUCUCCUCUUAAGAGUGUGAACUUCCCACAGACAGGACUGCAUCUCUCUGAGGCUUCUACUCUUCCAGGUUGGGUAUGGAGUUUUUAGUAGGGCAGUGGGGAAUAGCCCUCAGUGACUAGUUUUACCCAAACAGGAUGGAUGCGGGGAUGCACCUGGAAGUGGCUCAUGAGGUUCCAGAGGCCCUGGUUUUUCAGCCCUUUUCUUGUUCUUCUCUGGAAAUUUCAGUGCUCAUCCUUCAGUCCUUCUGAAUGCUCUAGUGUCUUCUCAAGCUUCCUGCAUGAAGAGAUAUUCUAGCUUCCGUUUCCAGGGCUCCCUCAGUUUCUCCCACUCAGGCUCCCUCUGUCCAGUCUCGCCCUCAGCCAAGGACCUUUUUCCUAAACGGUUGUCCUUUCUUCAAAAGCCCUAUGGCUGCAAAUAUUUGGAUAGACUUUCUCUAGGAUCUCUCUCCUCUAGGCUUGACCCUGAGCAUCUUUGAGUUAUCUUCCUUUUUUGACCUCAUUUGUUCUGCGUCUGCUCUGCCCUCUUAGCAUCCUUUUGCUAAUUCUAUGCAGUCUGAUUAGCUUUUCUAACUCUGGUGGCCCUUUUGCUAGUCUUCAACUAUCUCUGUUUAAUCAUCAUAGGUCUUGGGUCCUCAGUGUGGCCAAAACUGAGCACUUUCUGGUACGUUUCUAGGGGACGAGGCCUUAGACACUGGCAACAUUGAGGCCCAGGGACCUGCAGUCUAUGGGGCCUCCAGAGCUGGGUGAGGGGAGGGUACCUAGAGUCUUAGAUAGUGGAGAGCCAGUGAGGAGGGAUUGGGUAGGAGAAUCCCCAGGUAUGGAUCCAGGCCUGGCAAGCGAGGGUGGAAAAAGCAGUUCUGUGUUCCCAUCUAAAUGCAUCUGUGUGCCUUACAGUCAGGGAUGGUGGGCAUUUUGUGAAUGUCUCCUAGUUUAUUUCAGGUGUCUUUGGCAAUGCUCUGAGUCACCAAGUUUGGCUGGCCUCUGGAUUUCAGCAAUUGCUGGAAGAGAAACAGCAUACUGAGUAGUUGAUACCAGGAGCAGAGGUCUUAUGAGAAAAGCUGUGGAAGCUGGGGUAGCAAGGCAGGGACCUGGUGAUCAGCUUACCCAGGCUAUCUUGACACCUCCAAGUAUUUACAAAAGCUGACUAAAGUGAAAUAGUGAGGCCUCACCUUCUUCCUUACCUGAAGUCUGGGUUUCAGGUAGUAUUUGGGGAAGGAGUAUAUGUCCUUUAACUUCCAGUGAGAAACAGUCUCAGAUAAUGUUUUAAAGCAUGGAUUUUAGAGCCAGGUGUCUGGUUCAGAUUUCUAGCUUUACUACUUAACUAGCAGGUUUAACAUUGAUAAUUGACUUAUCUUUUCUGAGCCUCAGUUUCCUCAACUCUAAUGAUAUGUAUUGAACUGAGGGGGGAUGUUGAGAAUAUCUACCUCAGGGUUGUUGGAUUAACUGAAACAAUGUAAAGCUUUAGCACAGUACCUGACAAGCACUUAAUAAAUGGCUGUGGUGGUGGUGGUGGUUGUUAGAUUUAUUAUGUAACUUAUUCAAAAACUUGAUCUUAGUGGUUUGUGAGCAGAUUUCCAGUGAUUUCUCUUCUCUCAAGAAAACUGUAGCAAAGAACAAGGAAAAUGUCCUGUAGACACCGUUACUGAGUUGAAGGCACACAAAAGGGCCUUAGUACCUAAACCUUAGAGGGAGGGAAACAGGGAAGUGUCUGAUGCCUUCUGCCUGGUCGACCAGAGUUUAUCAUUCUCCACACCCACCCAGGAUUAGGGUAAGAAACCAUCAGGUAUGAGCUUUCCUUAUACCAUUUGAGGGGUGAGGGCAGCUGAAUGGGUUCCCAUCACUCCUGGAGCUACGCUGACUUCACAUUGUGAGAUACCACAGCAGUCAUGUUGGGCUCCAUUGGUUCAGUUUCAUUCCAUUAUCCGCAAAGUAUUUAAAUUAUAUGUAGGUUAAGAUGGUUCUGGGGUAGAGGGGUAUUCAGAAGAGAAUUCAGAAAAAUAACAGACUGGAAUGGAAUCUUAAUAGCUAGCAUUUUCAAAGUGUCCUGGAGCAUUUCUGCUUUGGACCCUGUACUAGUUUGUACCCAUGUGCUCUCAGUUCAGUGGGGACACCAAGCAGGCAAGUUAGCAUCACAGAUGUGCAGAGGAGAAAUUGGGUGUUCACAGUAGGCUUCCUCCAGGAAGUAACAUAGUCUAAGCUGGUAUCUGGAAGAGAACCAGGGGUUGGGAAGUAAUAAAGAGCAUACAUUUCUCCUCUGGCUGCUUUGCCAGUUCCCAAACACUGCUCCUCUGUGUUUAAGGGUUUUGUUAAUAACUCCUAGGAAGGAACCAGAUGAUGGGCCCCAAAAGAAAACCCUUUGGUUAGUCACAGAAAUCUUUGGAAAUCAUUUUGGUUACUGGUCUAGGUUUGCCCUGGAGUACACAUGGAUUGGACUUGCUCCUUUGUAGCCCUUUCACUGUCCUCUUUGUGAGAAGUCUAUCUGCAUUCUGGCCUCUGGAGCCACUCUGCCACUCUACUUGGAAGAAAUGCUGGUACGGUUACUCAGAUGUCAGCCUGAGAUACAUUCUGGCUGCCUGGAAUUCUCAGCCUCUUCCACACUGAGAUCUCCUGAUCACAAGUCUGCCCUAAUGCCCAGCCACCCCACUAUGAGCCAGGCUUCUCUGCAGUGCCCCUAUAUAGCCAUGCACAACAUCUUACAUCUGACCGUGGUCCCCAGCCUCAUGGGUGGAGAAGACCCCCUCUCUAGCUUGUGCCAAGUCAUUUCUGUACUGUAGACCAUCCUGUAGUCACCUUGUAUUCACCUCUUUGCUUCUAGAUUUCUUUGGCUCCAGGCCUUGGAAGCCUUUCUCCUUGGCCCCAGAAAAUGUUGCUGUGCUUUAUUCAGUUUGCUUAAAACCUACCUGGUCAUUGAGGUCAGUUCUGCCCUUGAGGGAAGCCCUGCUCCUUAACCCAAAAUCUCACCUAUGUCUGGACUAGGUUUUUAUUACCUCUUCAGUAUAUAGUGUAUAGUGCAACAUAGGAUAGUGGUUGAGAACGAGGGCUUUGCAUAUCUGGCUUUGAAUCCUAGAUCUGCGUUCUGUAUAACCUCGGGCAAAUGACAAAUUGCUUGUAACUCCUUCAUAUUGUCCGAGGAUAACAUUAUCUACCUUAUCAGGGAUGUGUGAAAUACAGUUUGUAAAGAAAGUCUUAGCAGAGUAAAUUCCAUAGCAAGGCUCAGCCCUUCUGGUUCUCAAAGCCUUCACCUCUAUUCCUCAUCUAGCUCUCCAAUUAAAGUCCUGCUUCUAAUCUCAGGGCAAGUCUAGUUAUUGACUUGUAGGCAGAACAGAGCAGAGGUAUGAGUAUAAACUUUCCUGCACAUGUUAACAGUCCCUACUCCUCAGUGACCGGAUUCACAAGGACCCUAUCAUACCACUGUCAUGGGGAAUGAUCUUCCAAAAUCUCUUUUCUGGAAUAUUAAAAAUAUCCGAAGCACAAUGUCAGUGACAAUAGAAAGCAUCAGAACUGCUGCCGGCAGGGAUAAGAGUCACUGAAGGUGUGUACAAGGUGGCAGCAAAGCAGACAGGGACACAGGAGACAAGGAGAUUGGUGCAGAGGCCACCAUACUAUCUAGAGGCAGCAGAACCAUGGGCUUAAAAGGUUUCCUCUAAGUUUUUAAGUAGUGAGCUUUUGACUUAUGUUAUUUGAGCCUGACUUAUGACUUAUGUUAUUUGAUCGUACCCACUUCACUGUCAGUGUGAUCCUUGCUUUCACAAGGGUUUAUGUGAUGUCCUGAUAAGAAUAGAGGCAUUAGAUGUGCUUCCUGGGUUUGAAGUCCCUAUUUGCUGCUUCCUGACUCUAUCUUUAGGUGAGUUUAAAGGCUCUCAGUCUUGGCCAUUUCAUCUCUGAGGGGUGGGAAAUAGCACAGGACUUGCAUUGUUGUCUUAAGUAUACGUGGGAAUGUUUUAAAAAUACUCAGUUCAGCAUGAAUUCUUAGGAAAUGGUUUAUUAUUAAGACUCAGAUGUCUGUGAACAGUGUUUAGUUAGUGCUUGGAGCGAAGGAAACUGCUGGCAUCAGGGCUUUUGGGAUCCUACUGUCUCAGGACACAGUGCUCAAAGCAGAAUCUCAGAGGAGAUGGCUUGUUGGGAGAGCAAAAUGGAAAAGACCAUAAGUCUUUGUAAGAGCCUGAAUGCCUGAAAGGCAGCACUAGAGAUAAAGAUGGUUAUGCCAAGGUGGGGUCUUGAGAAACAGAGGCGAAGACCUAGGCACUGUUGACCACCUAAUCCCCAGAAGAACAAAGGAAAUGGGACAGAAGAGUGUCUGUGGAGGACACUGGCUGAGUGGAAAGAACAGAAGGAUCAGGGACAGUGAACUUAUGUGUGAAUCUUAGGUGUACUUUUCACAGGCUGGGUGACUUUGAGCAUGUUUGUCUCGGCUUCAUUCUCAUCUUUAAAAUUGGCUAGUAACUGCUGCUACCUUGCUUACAGGAUAGAUGAGACAACAUAUGUGAAAAUGCUGUCUAAACAGAGCACUGUAUGUUUGUUGUUGGGGUGAGGGUUUAGGAGAGCUUUUCCAGAGUGAAUGGGCUACAGAAUUGCAAGUGGUCACAGAGUAGUGCCCCCCUCAUUUCCAGUGGAAAUGGUAAGGUAGCAUUUCCCACCAGGACACUAUUCUUUCAUUUGACUAGGAAGGAUUUGAUUGAAGAAAGAAAAGCAGUGUAGUGAGAAGGGCAAGUUUUGGAGUUGCAUAGACUGGGUUUGAAUCUUGGUUUCACCAUUCCCAAUAUUGAGAUGGUCAGAUCACUUGCCAUAUCUGAGCUUUGGUUUCUUAACAGGCCCUUUCAUGUGGUUAUUGAGAAUAAACGAGACACCUCCCGUGAAACAGCUCACUGCACAGUGCCUAUUAAGUGCCCAGUAAAUGUUUGUUUCCUUUCUUUUAUUUCUUUACCCCUUAGGAAGUAUCUAGUUUACCCAGCAUAAAAGGUUCUUCGUUAUCCAUGCCUUAGUACGAACAAGUAAUAUCAGAUUUCUCUUCCUUUCUAGAGUGAGAUCUGUUGCCUUAAAGAAGUAUGACUCGGGGAGAAUUGAGAAGGGGGCAGAACUCCACAGUAUUGGGGAUGGAGUAGGGGUACUCUGGUUAUCUGGUCAGCAUGGGGGUGAGUAAACAAAAGGUAAUGUUGAGAGGUGAAAAUUUUUCAAGAAAAAAGCUGGGUGCUGAAUGCUAGGGGGAAAGCCAGUUGCGCAGGGGCUUUGGAGUGGAGUGGAGAAUGGAGUGGAGGCAAGAAGAUCAGAGUUCGGGCAGCCCUGGUGGCACAGCGGGCCUGCAGCCAGGGGUGUGAUCCUGGAGACCCGGGAUCGAGUCCCACGUCGGGCUCCCAGCAUGGAGCCUGCUUCUCCCUCUGCCUGUGUCUCUGCCUCUGUGUGUGUGUGUGUGUGUCUCAAUAAAUAAAUAAAAAUAUUGAAAAAAAAAAAAAAGAUCAGAGUUCAACCAGGAGAGCCUUAGGAAUUGUGACUAAAAGUCAAAGUUAUAAAGAAGUCUUGCACUUAACCAACUGUCAUUUUAAUACCUGUAGGAGUUGUGAUCCUCCCAGAAAGGAAGAAUAUAAAAAGAAAGCAAGAAUUCUCAAGAUGGAAAUACUUUUUAUUAUUGUUUUUUAAGUAAUUAUUUAUGCCCAGUGUGGGGCUCAAACUCAUGACCCUGAGAUCAAGAGUGGCAUGGUCUACCAACUGAGCCAGCCAGGCACCCCAAGAUGGAAAGACUUUAAACUGUUUUCAAAUCCAAGGAUAUGCAUCACUCAAUGAGGGUAUAUGACAUCCUAGUUGGGGUUCUAGACUUCCAUGAGAAAAUGCAGUUAGGUACUAAAGAGCAUAGAACCCAGGUAUAUGAACUGGGUGACCGCUUCUGUAAGUAGUGGAGGUCCUUCAGGCUUUCAGAGGAUGCAAGUAGGACUUCCUGGGUCCUUAGAAUCCAGUCACUGAUCCAACCAAUGUUUCUGCAAUGUUUCUGGUUUUAUAUCUUCAGCCAUCUGGGAAGGCAACCUUGAAAUUAUCAGGGCAGCAUCAAUUGCUUCCUUUGUAGGUCUGCAUCUUAAUGGUAGAGGACUUAGGAUGAAGGAUGGAUAUGUUUAAGAACAUCAACGCCACAGCAUUACUACAUUUGCUUUAAGGAAUCUAUGCCAUUUGUAUUUUCAAUCCUUGACAUGUGGAAGAGAGUUUGCUUCUUAGUUUAAUAGGUUUACCUUGUAACAUCAACUAAAGAAUGUUGAGUAAUUGAUUUAGACUUGAAUUUUACAUUGAAAUCUUGCUAAGUGUCUUUACAGUUUUGGAACAUUUUAAAUGAUUUAAGAUUUGCUGUAUUUAUAAACUUAAUUUAUUGGAUAUAUAAUUAUUUGGGAAGGUUUACCUCAGUCAGAUAAAUGAAGUACUUGAGGAAAUCAAAUACAUAACCUUCCAUUAAAUCAGACUCCUUUGUUUUAUAAGCAAAAUAAUAAGGUUUGUAAUGUGAACUUAAACGUUUAGACAAGAAUUAGGAUUUUGAAAAUGUAACUUUGAAAACUGAAUAUCGCUUUUACAACUAAUUUUUGGUUAAUUAUUUCUGUACACAAAAGUCACCCUUGUGGAUAUCAAAAAACUCAGGGAAUGUAGUAUUACCACAAAGCCAAAUCUUUAGUCUCUCCAGAUACCAGGCAACUGGCAGCAGUUAAGAAGACCAGCAUGGGUCAAACCAGAGCUACAGACACGUUCUUUGAAAGCUUUUUAAGUUCUUUGGCAGCAUUUAAGAUAAACUUUCACCUAAAAAGCCAGAUUUUGGCUUCUCUGGAAAAUUGGAAGAUCUGACAAUAAAAUUACAUUUUCUGUCUGAUGACAAUUGGCUGGAGCUGAGUAGCUGCUACCACCCAUGGGGGAGGUGGGGGGCUGUUCCUUCCAGUUUGCUAUAGUCAACUCUUCUCAUUUUGGUACCUUAUUCCUGGUUUGUCUCAUUUCUGUGAUCUCACUGGCCGAUAAGAAUUUUUGAGUGCAAGACCUCUGAACUAGAGGUUCUGAGGUUCCUAACAGCUGGUGUAUAGCCUGGGUAAGGGCUCAGGAAAAAUGUAGGCCCCACCUUUCUCUCUGUCUCAGUGUCUGCACACCAGCUAGGCUGUCUUCCCAUCUGACUUGGCUCCAGGACUGGGUUGAACCCCUAUACAAAAUAUGCAGGGACUUCCCUGUGUUUGCUGCUCUUUUCUGUGACCAGACCAGUUCUAGAUCUUUUCUUGCCCAAUUUGCCUAGGCUCUUACCUCAUGUCUCAGUUCCUGUGAACUUUCUGAUUACCUUUACAAUUUGACCACAGUCUCACUUUGUUAGGGUGAGGACCACCAGGCUCUCUGCUUUAGGUUAUAACCAAUAUCUUUGGCCUGGUUGUGAAUCUUCUGACUUAGACUCCCAAACCCUAAUCCAUCUCCACCAUCACUGCUCACUGUCUGGGCAGUGUGGUUACACAACUGAGGGGUGGAAGAUUGCUGAAAGUUCAGGGAAUGGAGGUAAUGUUGGAAGUGUUUGAUUUUCCAGAGAAAGAGGCAGCUAAUAGAAGGCUUUUUAGGGGAGGAAGAUCACUACACAUACUUGAAGGAUAGAGGAGAAGACAGUAGGAGACAAUUUAAGUGUGAGAAUAAGGUCUCAGAGAAGACACAGGGUAGUAGGAUAGGAAAUGGCAGUAGUUGCUUCUUGGAGAUCCUGAAGCUCAGAAAUACUUGCAGAGGCAAAAGAUGCAGGAGGGAGCACUGUUGGGAGUCUAUAAUCCCCUAAUGUUCUGGUUAUAUAAAUAAUACUAUAUACUUUGGAAAGAGGUUGUGGUUAUGUUGGGGUCACAGCCUGGAGCAAGAGAACUCUCCAGCAAUGCAGCCGAUAGCCUUUCACAAUAUCUGUAGGACGUAGCAGAAACAUCUAAACCGAAUGGUCUUGUAGCUUGGUGAAAAGCCAGAUCCAGUGAGGGUUGAUUAAUGGAUCCAUGUCAUCUUAGACCAGAGGGAAGUCUCCAGCAGUAUACUGUAGGGCUCAUUCUGGGCCUGUGUCCUGUCUGACAUUUUUAUUGACAACUGACCAAAGCAGCAGGCUCAUCAAGUUUGCAGGUGAUAGAGCUAGGAGGGGCAGCUAAUACUUUGCAUGAAAGAGUCAGGAUUCAAAAUGAUUUCAACAGGCUGGAACACUGGGCUGGAACCAACAAGAUUAAAUUUAACAGGGAUAAAUGUAGAGUCCUGCACUUAGGUUAAAACAAAAUCAAUGACAUAAGUACCGGGUGGGGGGCGGGCCCAGCUUGACAGCAGUUCGUGAAGAAAAGACCUGGGGGGUUUAGUUGACUGCAAGCUCAAUAUGAGUCAACCAUGUGAUGUGACUGCUAAAACCUCUAAUACAAUCAUGAAUUGCAUUAACCAAAAAGGAGCAGCCAGAUCAAGGGAGACCAUUACCCUGCUGCUUUGUCAGAUUGUCAGGCCACCUCUGGAAUACUGGGUCCAACUCUGAGGUCCUUUUUUAAAGGAGGUCAGUGACAAAUGGGAAUAUUUUGACAAGCAGCCACUGUGGCAGUGGGCCUGAGUACUGCCAGAAACUUGGCUAGGAAUUAUGGUGCCAAAGUUCUUGGAUGAGGGCAGGGAUGGAUAAUCCGACUGCAACAAGCACGGUUGAAUCCAGAGUACUUUGGGAGGUUGGGAGAAAUGUGGGGUCUGCAUUUUUCCAUUUCCUAGGAGUACCCAGAAACAUUGUCCCAAGCCUUUCUGAAGUUGGAGAACUAAGGGUUACUUAGAAGAUGGGGAUCAGCAUGGGAGUAAGUAGAGAAUGGGUUAGUGAAAUAGGAAGGAACCUGUGCAUUUUACCUAGAACACCCACCUUUCCAUCGCUUCCCCUCCCUCACCUGGGAUGUGCAGUCCCCACUUUGGUCACAACGUGGCGCCCUCACUCCGCACGGAUCCUGAGCCAAUGGUGGGCGCGGAGUGGGCGGCCUACCGGUACCAACACUUCCCACACUCGCCACUACGGGGAGCCCGCGGGGCCGCUCCAGUUAGUCGCAGUCGGCCAGAGGCUUCUGUGUGGCAAGAAGACAACUGAAGUGUGGAAAAGCUUGCCCACGAGCUUUUUGCCCACGGCACAAACACAUGGAAUCCAGAUGUGUCUCCUGUUAGGAGCACGUAUUCCGACCUGAGCUACUCUGCACAUGCCUCUUGUCUGCUAACAUGGAGCCCACGGUGCAGGAGGGUUUCUAGGGCACCAAGAGCUGUACCCUGUGGGGUCAGGGAUGGGCCUGAAUUCCCUUACAGUGACUGGCUGUAUUGCUGCUACCAACUUACCUAAGCUGUGUAUGUCUUGGGUUCCUUAGCUGAAGUAGAAUAACACUGCCAAGUUCAUGGAGUUGUUAGGAUUGAAAGAGGCACCUAGGGCAGUGAUUCUGAACUGGUGUAAGAAUCACGAGAAGGUUGUUGAAAAUAGGAUUCUGGCCCCACCAUCAGUCAUUUAGUAGUUCUGAAUGGAGCCCAGGAACCCAUCUUUCUAACCACCUUCCCAGGUGAUUCUGAUAUACAUGGUUCUCUGUUUGAGAAACUGACCUAGGACAUGCAAAGUGACCUACUUUAGUAUGCAUUAGUUCUUAACUCGGAGCCUAUGAGAGGGACAGUGGGGAUCUUGGGGCUGGGAUGACAACAGUACAUAGGCUUGGUCUCCAGAUGACUAUAGCCUUGAUGGAGAAGGAAGAGGUCUGGAGGUAAAGACAUAUAUUAAAGUUCAGAAUGGAUGUUUGAGACCUGACAACCUUGGAUAUACUAAGGGCCAUUGAUACUUGGAGUGCUGGCACCAGGGCUGAGGGACACUUGGUGGGGUGUGGGGGUGUGUUGGGUGUAAUGUGUUGUUGCAGGGAAUGGGGUCAAAGUGUACCUGGAGGGGAAGGAGCUGAGAGGAUGAGGUGGAGUAUAUUUGCAUUUUCUUAGGGGACCGGAGAUGGAGGUUUGUUAUAUCAUCAUAGGGCCAAGAAGACAUAGCAAUGGAGACUGCGAUGCUCAGUGAAGCCCCGUGGGGGCAGCCGUGAUUUGUGAUUUGUGAUGCAAUAUUGAACCCAUGCCUCUGACUAUUCCUUUUUUUUUUUUUUUUUAAGUAAGAGGGGAGGAGGAUGCUCCUUAAGAGCUUCUAGGGGGACUUUCCUGCCCCCAGGGGCAUAGGGUGUGUGUGUGUGUGUGUGUGUGUGUGUGUGUGUAGGAGAAGAUUAGCCUAUGCAAUGAAAUUCUGUCAAAAGUUCCUUUCUGGAUUUCAUGACUGAUUUUUUAGAAGAGUCACACACUUCUCAGGACACACUUGUCUCUUUCUCCACACACAUUGACCUGCGUAAUUUCUCUUGGGACUCAUUUCCCCAAAAAGGGGUACUUUUGUCAGCAGCUCAUGAGCAUGUGGAUGUCUGCCAACUGAAAACACCUUCCAGGAACUCCGAAGACCUUCCCGGAGGAACAUUCUAGAAAGAAUCCUCAAAUUUCAAAUCCUUGAACACUGGAGCUGGAACUUAGAUACCAUCUGAUGCAGUCUCCCUCAGCUUGGUCCUGGGGGAUAGACACCUUGUGUGGACACUGUGCUUUCCAAGCUUCUGGGGACCCCAGAGUUGGUGUGGAAGACAAGACUCACUCAUUACCUAGCAAAAAGGGAGACUUAGUAGAGUAGGGUUGUGGGUUCUGCUGGUAAACACUUAGGUCAGAGGUGGGUGAAUACCUACGAAAGAAGCCUCCUUAGAACAGGAAAGCUAGAGCUGCACCUUAAAAUGGAUGAUUUAUUUUUAGUUAUUUUUCUUCCGUGACUUUAUGAAAAAUAAAAAAUAUUGGAUGAGAGGGUGGGGCAUGGUGGUCUGCUACAGGGGCACAAAGUCACAGAGGCCUGGAUCCAUCUGAGGUCUGGAGGAUAGUAAAGAGACCACUUUGAUAAGAGGAUAGGUAGUGACCACUACUGGGGGAGAGAAGGGCAGAAAGGUAUGGCUGUAGCUGGAGGAUUGAGGCUAGAGGAGCAAAUUAGAGCACCCAAGGAGACAGAAAAGAAAACCCUGUACGGUAGCAGUCAUGAACAUGCCAAAGAAGGGCUUGCCAGGGAAAUGGAACCAAGGGAGUGGAGGUCACACAGGAGGAGUGGUCAGAGGCUUGAACUCUGAAUCAGACUUUGGUAUUGGAGUUGGGGAUGAGUAAGGUCAUUAAAAUCCGUGAUUAACAAGUCAGCAGGAUGGUAGGGGUUACAGAGUGAGUUGGUGGGGAAGAGAUCGGGGUAGCAAGUGUAGACAAUUACAGGUUAUUUCUUAAGAAAUACAUGGAGAACUGGAGACAGGCCUGUAUUUUGAAAAGCUACAGCAUAGCUUUGUUAGCCAGAGGUAGAGAAGCAAAUUUGUGGACAGAAGACAGAAGUCAUCAUUGGAGGGGGAAGAGAUUGAGGUCACUAGAAAGACUAGACACUGGGAAGAAACAAGUUCUAGAAGAGAAAAGGACAAUGAAAGCCUCAGGAAGAAAGGGGUGAAGUGAGGGACUCCAGUCAGACACAAGCUUUGAUUUCCUAAAAGCAGGAAUCCUGAUGGAGGUCAGCUUCUUCAAGUAAAGGUGGCUGGGAUGGGGCUGGUCUGGAGUUACAUAGAGGAAGGCCACGGAGGAAUCUAAGGAGCAGUCUAAUGUUUGACACGUUGCCUAAGGGGGCUGGGUCGCACUGGAGCUGGGCUGGAGUUUGUCUUGGGCCAGGUCUGAUGCUCUGCCUCUGGGAGCAGGGUGGAGCGAACAAGCUACAGUGUAACCUUCAGAUUACAACAACAGUGUCAGAAGCCUGGAGGCCAGGACACCAUGAGGGCAGUAAGGAGCCUUCCUGGGGGAAGGGAGGCCAGCUGUCUGGGCGUGACCUGUGAGGGCUUGAUGGAAGUUUUGACAGCCAUGCAGUGUGGGGGUCAAGGGCCUGGAUUCAAAUGUGAGGAAUUACUAUUAGUAUUUUUAAGUUUCUGAGGUGGGCUUUGAGUGGAGAGAACAUUAGGAGAUGCUUAAAGGGAGCAUUGCUUUGUGACAGAUACUGUUUUAUAUUAACAAACUUAAUCCUCACAAGAACCCCCCCCACACACACACACACACACCCCGCCAUGAAUUAGGUGCUAUUAUUGUUUCACAGAUGAGGAACUUGAAGUUCAGAGAGGGAAAGUAACUUGGCUGAAGUCACAUAGCCAGUUGGUGGCUUUUGAAUUUGUAUUUGAAAGUUUUUUCUGAAAAAAAAAAAAAAAAAAGAAAAGAAAGUUUUUUCUGACCCCAAAGCCUAUGUUUUCUACUGUCCCUUUUUAUUAGCUAAAUGGGUAGGUGACCUUAAGUAAGUUACUUAAUCUCUCCCUCAUUUUCCUCAUCUGAAAAGUGGGGGAUAGUAAUACUAUCUUAUAGGUGUUUGUGAGGUUUUAACGAAUAUAUGUAAAACAUUUAAAACAGUGUCUAGCACAUAGAAUGCGCUAUUGAAGAAGGUGUCAUUUAUUACCAUUAUUAUUGUUUUUUAUUUCUUACAGCCUCUUAACAAGAAGCUGAGGACUUUGAGGAAAGUGAAAGAAGGUCCUGGGGCAUAUUGGUCAUUUAGAGAGGGUCAAGUAGUGGGGGGGGGAAAGGUGAGAGAACAGGAUCCAGCCAGUGGUUCUCAGCGGGGGACAUGUUUAUCACAGUGGCCUGGGUUUUGUAGGCAGGAGCCAGGAGUGUUAACAGUAGGCAGUCACAUCCCAGUUGAGAAUGUGCAGGGGAAGUGCUGGAAAGGGUGCUUGAGAUUUUAACUCCUCAGAAGAGUAGCAGUUCCAGAGACUGGAGCAGGUUGAGCAAGUGCUGAGUGUUUGGAAUGAGCACAUACAUCUGUAGGGGACCUGGGAAGAAUCAGAUCCUGAUGGAGGCAAGGUUCCCUGGAGAGAAGGGUGACCACAAAGGUAGGCUGGGACCAAACCCCAGAAGGCCAAGCUGAGGGGUCUGGACACUGAGCAGCAGAGCUAGAGAGCUGUGGGGCUCUGGAUGAGGGGCAUGUUCUAUUUAGGAAGAUACUUAUACAGCCAGGGAAGAGGUUGGAUGAGAGGGGGAGAAUCUGAGGACUCCUUAGGGUAGUGGGGCCAAAACAUGGCAGGAAGGGCACAUAAACUGGACUGAGUUUGGGGUUGGAGUGAGCAGAUAAGUGGAAA